AAUGCGAUACAAAUUGGCAUUCAUUCAUUAUAUGUUCAUGAUAUUCAUGACAUUAAAAAAUGAAUGUCUUUGUGAUGAUGAUUGUCAUAAUUGUUUUGCCAUAAGUCAAUAUUAUAAUCAUCAUAAUGGUAAUCAUUAUCAAUCAUAUCCAAUAUCGGUGAUAAAUAAUCCUGAUCAACGGCAAUAUGAAUCAUCCGUUAAUUAUCAAUAUAUGCAUCCAUCACAAAAUGAUGGUGGUACAUUAAACUAUGGCCAUCAUCAUCAUCAUCAUCAAAAUUAUCAACAACAGCUACAAUCACAACAACAACAGCAGCAACAACAACAAAUCCAUUCUUCUUUAUUAUCGAAGCCAUUGCCGCCACCACCACAACCACCACCACCACAAUAUCGUCCAAUAAUAAUGGCUUAUCAUCCUCGUGUAAACAAUAGACAUUAUCCAUUUUUCACACGAAAUUCCGAUCAUCUAUUGGAUGAUUCACCAUCAUCCAGAUCGAAUAAUGAUAAUGAAUCCAUAAUUGAUGAUAAUACAACAGAUGAACAACAGCAACAACAAAAUCAACAACAACAACAACAACAAUCAUUUGUACGUGUACCACAGAAAUCUGUACGCCAAAGAAUAUCCAAUCAAUAUUGGCCACCAUUAGUGAAUCAUACAUUUGGAAAUUCUAUCGGAAAUUUUGCGACGACUACGACGACAUCUACGACUACAACCACAACGACGACGACGACUACCACAACUACUACAACUACAACACCGGCACCACCACCAUUUUCAUUAGAUGAUUAUGAAGAAGAAUUUCAUCACGAAAUGAUGUAUACAUCAUCAUCAACAACAACAACAACAGCUAAACCAAAUUACCGGCCAAGACCGGUUUCAAUUAGAACGAAUCCUCGAUUGCAUCAUCAUCAUCAUUAUCACAAUGCCAACAAUAAUAAUGCACAGGAAUUUUCAUCAUCAUCAUCAUCAUCAGAUCAUCAACCAAAUUCUAAUAAUCGAGUAUUGAGCAGGAUAGAGAAUCCAAUUGUCAGCAAUAAUAUCGAGAAUAAUAAUAAUAGCACUAUAGUGGACAAAAAUAAUAAAUUUGAUAAUACAAAUUUCGAAAACAACAACGGACGAUUCGGUUCAGGUCAAUUUAAAUCAAGACGAACCGGAGGUGGUGGUGGUGGUGGUGGUCCACAAGGAAGACAAAGAAAGCGACAAAGAACUACAACGACGACAACAACAACAACAACUGAACCGCCAUAUUAUGAUGAUGGAGAUUAUUAUGAUUAUGAUCAUGAUGAUUAUGAUGUAUAUGAUGAUUAUGAUUAUCUAGCUACAACAACAACCACAACAACUACGACUACACGAAGACCACGUGAUAGACAUUAUCGUGGUCGAGGUGGACAUCAUCAUCGUCGACGUGGUGGUGGUGGUGGAAGAAGAAGAUAUCAUCAUCAUCGUCAUAAUGAUGAUGAUGAUGAUGAAUUAUUGCCAGCAAAACCAACAGAACCAUCAACAACAACAACGACGACUACAUUAUCACCAAAUUAUAAACCACGGCCAGAUGGUCGUAUAAUUGAUUAUCAUGCUGAUCCAAAUUUUCCUUAUGAAUUGAAAGGUGCCGAUCUUACUGAUUAUCCAUUCUAUAUUUCAAUACCUGAAACUGAUUUCAAUUGUAAAGGUCGCCAUGAUGGUUAUUAUGCAAAUAUUGAUUUAAAAUGUCAAGUUUAUCAUCAUUGUGCUAUUGGUCAUCAACGUUAUGAUUUUCUUUGUCCAAAUUAUACAUUAUUCGAUCAGACAACAUUUACUUGUCGUUUUGUUAACACUGUUGAUUGUGAUGCAUCAGAGAAUCAUUAUAAACGUAAUAAUGAAUUAUAUGUUGAAAGUACAACAAAUGGUCCGCAAAAUAAUUUCUAUAAUUCUUAUCAUCAUCAACCACCACCACCAUCAUCGCCACAAUCAGAAUCAUUACAGUCACCUCCACGAUCAUCAUCUUCAAACAAUGAUCAUCUACAGACAUCAGAUUCUUCAUCAUCAUCGCAAUCAAAAUCACAAUCACAGAAUAAUGAUGAUGAUAAUGACAAUUAUAGACCAAAUCAAUUACCAUUGAUACGAUUGAAUAAACGGCCACCACUACCACCACCACCACCAUCACCACCACAACAACAACAACAACAAAAAAAACCACAACAGAUCAAGUGA